AUGCCUAAAAGAGCAGCUGAAGACGACGUAAACGGUGUGAACAGUGGAGCCGUCAAGGCCUCCUCCGGUUCUGUUCCUCCCGCUGCAGGUGCACAAAUUGAAGAAAAAGACGUUGAUAUGGGUGACUACGAGGACCCUUAUGGAGACGACUUUGAGUCGGAUGGAGAGAUCAUUGAGCUUGAUUCUGAAGGCGAGGAGGGCGCUACCGAAGGUGAAGGCAAAAUCGAAGAAAUCGAAAUUGACAAUAACCAGAACCAGCCCGAGAUAUACUUGCCCCACAGGUCGAAACCACUUGGUCCAGAUGAGGUGCUUGAAGCCGACCCUACGGUGUACGAAAUGUUGCACAACGUGAACAUGCCCUGGCCGUGUUUGACGCUUGACAUUUUGCCCGACAACUUGGGUAACGAGAGAAGAACGUACCCUGCGUCUUUGUAUGUGGCUACUGCUACUCAGGCCUCUAAAGCCAAGGACAACGAGUUGAUCACCAUGAAGUUGCUGUCUUUGGCCAAGACUUUGGUGAAGGAUGACGCCGAGGACGAUGACGAUGAAGACGACGAGGAUGACGAGGAUUCCGACCCUGCGAUGAUCUCCGAAACCGUCCCUCUCAAGUCCACGACCAACAGAUUGAGAGUUUCUCCCCACGCCGCCCAGACCGGCGAAUACUUGACAGCAGCGCUGCAAGAAAACGGUGAAGUGCUUAUUUACGACCUCCUGCCCCAGUACAAGGCUUUCGACACCCCAGGCUACAUGAUCCCCAAGGGUGCCAAAAGACCCAUCCACACAAUCCGUACCCACGGCAAUGUCGAAGGUUACGGUUUGGACUGGUCUCCGCUUAUAAAUACCGGUGCUCUUUUGCUGGGUGACUGCCUGGGCAGAGUGCACUUGACCAACAGAACCACCUCCAACUGGGUUACCGACAAGACCCCAUUUUUUGCAUCACAAGCGUCCAUCGAAGACAUUCAAUGGUCCACUAAUGAAAACACCGUUUUCGCUACCGGAGACUGCGACGGUUACGUGAGAAUCUGGGACACCAGAUCCAAGAAGCACAAGCCUGUGAUCUCAGUGGAGGCCUCCAAGUCCGACGUCAAUGUCAUUUCAUGGAGCACCAAGAUCUCCCACUUGCUUGCAUCCGGUCACGACGACGGCACCUGGGGUGUCUGGGACUUGCGUAACUUCAACGGUAAGGACAAGCCUUCUCCAGUUGCACACUACGAUUUCCACAAGGCUCCUGUGACCUCCAUCUCGUUCAACCCAUUGGACGAGUCCAUCAUUGCUGUGUCUUCUGAGGACAAUACUGUGACCUUGUGGGAUUUGGCUGUUGAGGCUGACGAUGAAGAGAUUUCCCAGCAGAGAAAGGAAGCUCAGGAAUUGCACGACAUUCCUCCACAGUUGUUGUUUGUCCACUGGCAGAGACAUGUGAAGGACGUCAGAUGGCACCCACAGAUUCCCGGCUGUCUUGUUUCGACUGGCGGUGACGGUUUGAACGUCUGGAAGACGAUUUCGGUGUAG